UCACCGGUGUGGGCAGCUGACCAGAGGGCUUUGGUGCGGAGAACCAGAGGGAAGCCCCACGAGGGCCGGUGCUGGCGGGAGAGGCGGUAGGAGCCGGCGCCAGAGUCAGGAACCUCGGCGUGUGGGCUUCCUGCCGCUAGAACUGCCGGAGCUCGUUGCUAAGGGCUGAAAGAGAAGCUAUGCAGAAAUCAGAGUGCUCUGGAGGUGUGCAGUUGAGAACCAGAGCAACAGGUACAGAGUUUUACUUCUGCAAAAGGGAGAGGCCAGGUAGUAAUGAUCAACGCACAUCCUCAAGCACACAAAUGAAACACAGGACGACAGUUCAAGGGAGCAAAUCCUCCUCCUUAACCAGUUCUCCAGAGGCUGCAAGAAGGGCUCAUCCUCGGCCAAGUGAUAAACUCAACCCUAAAACCAUUAACCCUUUUGGUGAACAGCCACGGGCCCCUUCUGCCUUUGCAGCUAUUUACUCUCAAGGAGGCAUUCCUUGCAGAUUGGUACAUGGCUCAGUAAAACACAGAUUACAGUGGGAAUGCCCGCCUGAAAUUCUUCCAUUUGACCCGCUUCUAAUUACGUUAGCUGAGGGUCUGAGGGAGACCAAGCAUCCUUAUACCUUUGUGUCAAAGGAAGGCUUUAGGGAGUUACUUCUGGUCAAGGGUGCUCCUGACAAAGCUAUCCCUUUGCUACCUCGACUGAUCCCUGUGCUGAAGGCAGCUCUCGUUCAUUCUGAUGAUGACGUGUUUGAAAGAGGACUGAGUGCACUCGUGCAGCUGAGUGUGGUUGUUGGCCCGUCUCUGAAUGGCCAUCUGAAACUUCUGCUUACAAGUCUUUCGAAGAGGCUAAUGGACAAAAAAUUCAAAGAGCCCAUCACCAGUGCUUUGCAAAAGCUGGAGCAGCACGGUGGAAGUGCAAGUCUUAUCAUCAUCAAAUCCAAAAUCCCAACAUAUUGCUCUAUCUGCUGUUGAAUAAGGGAGGCAACAAAAGCCACGCUGCUUCCUCAGGCGCUGACAGUGGCUGCCUGGACCUUUUGUCAGAGUUCAGUUCAUCCUGACUCACAGCACCACUCAUUCAUUAACUUGGCUACGAGGAUCAUGCCAAUUCUGGAAGGAUCAUCAUACAAGAUGUUUGUCAACAAAAAGCUAAUUAAAGUAACGUGCAUAAAAGUUGAGUGCUGUAGGGGUUUCUCAUCCAUCAUACCUAGGUAUAUGUUUUCCAAUGCAUUUUUACUUACAGCCCAUCGGAAGGCCACUUUGUAGCUGUGCCUUAUUUUAUAGGUUGCUUUUGGCCAUUUCUUGGUUUUUAUAUUUAUUAAGACUGAAAAAGUUUUAAGAUAGCAAGUAAACAUUUGUGACUUCACUAUUAGCCAGGGAGUGUGUGUAUUUUAUAAUGUGGGAAUGCUUGGGAAUAUCAGUUUUUGUUCUGAGUAUUCUAGUUUUAAAAACUUGUUUUAAAUGAAAAUUCUAUUACAAGUUUGUUGUUUAUUACAACUUUUUAAAAUACCUAAACUUUAGGUGUUAAUUGUAAUUAAGUAAAUGCUAUUUUUGCAUUUUGUAGCCCCAAAAUACUGAUGAUGUGUGUGUAUGUAUGUGUGUGUAUGUAUAUGCACACACAGAUAUUCAGAAAUUAAAAGCUUAAAACUUACAUGUAUCCAGUGA